UCUCGUGACUCUCCCUCCAACUGGUCUCCUAAGCGGAGCAAAGGCUGGACACACUACCAGAAAUCCUGCAAGUCCACUUUUGCCUCACAUGAUAACUGGCACAACUUAUUGUGUAACAACAAGAUGGAGUGUCCUGACCAAUACAGCGAUUGUUUGUCAGGACGAUGUCUAUGCCAUUUUGGUUUCGAUCAAGAGGAGAAGAAGUGUGUUGUUACAGAGACAUGUGUAGACUGGCUGGCCAAAGGCGCGAAGAGUGGUGUCUACACCGUUCAGCUAGCAUUCUACGGAGCUCGGUCAGUGUGGUGUGACAUGGACACUGCGGGCGGCGGCUGGCUGGUCAUCCAGAGACGUCGUGACUUCACAGUUGACUUCAACCGGAGCUGGACAGAAUAUGCAAGCGGGUUUGGUAACCUCUCUGGAGAUUUCUGGCUGGGCAUAGACGCGAUUGGCGAACUGGCAUCUUAUGAUACGCGCUUGAGAGUGGAGCUGGUGGAUUGGACAGGGACACAAUACUGGGCGGAAUACAGCCAUUUCUCUCUGGGGAGUCCUCAGGGUGACUACCAACUUUACGCCUCCGGCUACUCGGGUACCGCAG